AUGAUAAAUGAUAUGUACGCGGACAUGAAAAUCACGCUCACAAAACCAUUCAUCCUAAGGUGCUUCCUCAUCUCCCUCUUCCUCUCCCUCCCCUUCCUCUUCUUCUACCUAUUCUUCCCACACCAACAACCCCUCCAUCAUUCUGUAACAACCAAAGACCUCAGAAUCCGACCCGGUUACUCCUCCUACGAAUCCUACAUACAGCGCCAGCUUAACAAGACCCUCAACCCCAGGCUCCGGAAAAUAUGGACAACCCGCGACUGGGACCGCAAGAUUUCGGUCUUCGCGCGGUUCUUCCAGGAGCUUAAGGACAAAAAGCUUCUCCAAAACACGUCAAAGGCGCUUUGCAUCGGUGCGAGAGUGGGGCAAGAGGUGGAAGCGUUGCGGCGAAUCGGAGUGGCUGACUCGGUGGGAAUGGAUUUGGUUCCUUACCCACCUCUGGUUGUGAAGGGGGACUUUCACAACCAACCGUUUGCCAACGACACGUUUGAUUUCGAGUUCUCCAACGUGUUCGACCACGCGCUGUACCCGGAGCGGUUCGUGGCGGAGAUCGAACGCACGUUGAAGCCCGAAGGGGUGUGCGUUCUCCAUGUGGCGUUGUCGAGGCGAGCUGAUAAGUACUCCGCUAACGACCUCUACAGCGUGCAGCCCCUGGUGGAGCUCUUCAAGCACUCCGCUUUGGUUCACGUUCGCAGCGUCGAUGGCUUUGGAUUGGACACCGAAGUUGCGUUUCGCAAGAAGAUCGGGGGACCUACUCGGCAUCAACGUUUGUGA